AUGGUCAGAUUGGAAAAGAUUUUGUGGGAACAAUUAGUCAACGUUAAGGCUUUCUCCAGAUAGAGAGUUAUUGGCGCUCCUAGCAAGUGGUAUAAUGAAAACAGAACUGAAUGGUUCAAGGUUGCUCAACACAACGCUUUCAACACUGGUUUCUCUGGAGUCAUUUUGAGAGCUCUCGAACCCCUCCUCGCCAAAUUCAUUUACAGAUGGAGACUCGAUAUUGCUCACCAAAGAGGUCUCACUCUUGAAGACUCUCUCCUUUUCAUGGACAGAGAACUCAGAAGAUGUUAUUUCUUUGAAACUGUUGCCAGAUAAAACUUACAUCCCUACACCGUUUUAUUCAUGAAGAAGAGAAGAGCUAGAUAUUACAAGGUCGAAAGAGGUUUAAGAGGUUUCUACGUCCCUGACUGGGUUAGAAAGGAAGCUGAAGAAAGAUAACUUUCCGAAACUGUUGAUAAUAUUUUCAACUGGGAAAACUUCGUCUACAGAGAAUAUAUGAGUGAUAUGACUCCUAUCGGUAGAUGGACUUCCCUCUCUAAGAUUACCCCCUUAGAUAUGUUCUAAUACUACGGUCUCUUCAGAAACGAAGCUUGGGAUAGAUUCUUCUACAAUGAAGCAUUCUACGAGUCCUACUCUGAAAAGGAAAAGUAAGAAGCUAACGGUAACCCCUUCGGUAAAUUCAACUUAUAAACUGCUGACGGUAGAGCUCAAUUCGAAAAGGAAGUUAACACCUUCAUCGAAAGAUAUCCCUUCGCCGUUACCAAGCCUGGCCAAAAGUUCGACUUCACCAGAUUCUACGCUCUUGAAGACUUAGCUAAUAAGAGAGACACUUCUAAGUACGAUCCUGCUCUUCUCGAAUCCGUCAAGAACGAAUUAAAGCAAUCUGCUGCCCUCCCCGCUGACAAUGGUGCCAAUAAGACCAAGAAGUCCAAGCCCAUUCUUCCUGAUUGGCUCCAACCCAAGUUCGGAAAGGCAUUCCAAGCUUGA